AUGGCCAAGAAGUUCGCUAAAAAGGUGAAUAGCAAAGGAUUGGCUGGAGCUCUAGCUCGUCAAAAUUUAAAAGAACAAGAAAGAAAAAGAAUAGCAAACAAGCUCGAUGCACAGAAGGAACAAAAAAUUCAGAAACAAAAAUCUAUAGCGCAGGGGAAGGGUGGUUCCACCAAACAAAAAGCACAACAACAAAGACAACAGGAACAAAAAGGGAUCAAAAUACCAUUCAAUGUUGAAGAUAAGGUAUUACUUGUUGGAGAAGGGGAUUUUUCAUUCGCUAGAUCCAUAGUAAAUGGAAACUUUGUGCAGCCGAAGAAUGUAAUUGCAACUAGUUUCGAUUCCAAAGAAGAGUUGCUAAGUAAAUAUCCAGAAACAGCAGAGAACAACUUAAAGUUUCUAGCUCAGGAAGGUGUAGAUGUAAGAUUCGAAAUUGACGCUACCAAAUUGCCAGAGACUUUAAAAAUCAAGUUAAAAUCGUCGGCACUUUUCAAAGAUAAUCAGAAUUUAGACUAUGUAGUGUUCAAUUUCCCACAUACUGGAAGAGGAAUGAAAGAUCAAGAUCGUAAUAUUAGAGAUCAUCAGAAAUUGAUGUUACAAUUCUUCCAAAGUUGUAAAAGAGUAUUUAAAUUGGUUAAUAACCAGACAAAGAAUGAUUUUGGAGGCUAUAACUAUGGUGGCAGAGUGGAUAGUAUAUUUGGAAAAAUAAUUGUUUCACUUUUCGAGGGAGAACCAUAUAGAUCAUGGACUAUCAAGCUGAUAGCGCGUAGUGAAGGGCUAAGAUUGGAAAAAUCCGGACUUUUAGAUUGGAAAAUGUUGCCUGAAUAUCACCAUAGACGAACCAAUGGUGUUCGAGAUACCACUAAGCCUGCUCCGGAAAGAGAAGCUAGAAUGUAUGUUUUUGAGGACUUCAAUAGAGAGGCUCAAUUGGAGAAUAAAAGAAAGAAAAAGUCAAAUGACGGUUCAGACGAUGAUGAAUAA